CCCAGUGUCCCUGAGUCCCACGGCAGUUGCCCGACACCCACUGAGCUCCUGGCAAUUUGGGAGAAUUCCUUUAUUUUGGGCCAAUAAGGUUCUUUAUAUGCCGCCUCUGACAGCAGUGACUCUAUAACUCGCCAUUGUUGGAGUGGGCUCAUCAAACCAGCAGACCUCCCAGUGUCACCAUGGGAAGAACACAUCGCCCCCCUGCAGGCCAUCACCAGCACUGCGAGAGGUGCUUCAACAAGCGAUGCCAGGCACCAAUCAACAGCGGCUUCUCUUGUAUCAUGAUCAACUGCCGCUCCAACUGUGGCGCCACCUUCCACCUGUGCAAAGAGGAGGAGCAUCGACUGCUGUGCCCCUACGAAUGGGUGCCCUGCCUGAACUCCGGCUUUGGGUGCCCUUUCUCCAUGUCCCGAUUCAAGCUGGCAAAGCACCUUAAGGUGUGUCCGGCCAGUGUGGUCUGCUGUUCUAUGGAAUGGAACCGUUGGCCCGUUAUGGACAAAGUAACCUCAUUAUACGGCAACAUUGCGAGCGAGGAGCACAGCGACGAAUGUCUGGACGUUGCCUUGGCAAUAAGGGAUCAGAAGAUCCUAUUUGAUUCCCUGAAAAUGGCAGAAAUUUUCCCAGAACUCUCAGAACAACCCAAUGAUGCAGCAGCCCAGGGAGCAAAUAUUGAGGCAGAAGAAGAUGGAGCAGUUGGUGGAACAGCGUUCAGUAUGAGCGGCGGCACGGAGCCGAGUGAUGGGGAGACGGUCGGACUCACUCAGUUUGAACGUGAGGCUUUGGCCAGGGGACAAGUAGCUCUUGAUACGUCACUAUUCUCCCAGUGGGAAUCCAUAUUCAGCAAAGAGAAAUCAGCGGCGCAAUGUUUGGAGGCCAAUAUGGGGAAAACGGAGGCCGCGACCCCCAAAGACAGUACAAAAAUAGACGACAGCCCCAAGGCUGCGGAGGAGAACCAGGAUCCAGACGGGGCAAGAAAAGGGUCCAUUUCAGAAGAUUUUGAGAAAACGGGUUUAGCCCCGUGGCAGGAAGGGGUACUGGAAAGAUUAAAGAAUGAAGUGGAUUGUAACAGUUACAACAUGUACUUGGUGCACCACGGCAGCAUGCUGAUCCGCUUCGGCCAGAUGGCGGCGUGUACCCCGAAAGAGAAGGACUUUGUCUACGGCAAGCUGGAAGCACAAACAGUCAAAACCGUCUACACGUUCAAAGUGCCCACCAGCUACUGCGGCAGGAGGGCCAAGCUUGGCGAGGAGCGCUCUAGGAAGGAGAAAGCACACAAGUUGGUGGACACGUGUGACCUGGGGGUACAGGUGGGAGAUUUGCCUUUAUCCGGAGCCGUAAACACCACUCUACUCUGUGCCCUCGAGAGAGAACUCAAAGGCCAUGCCAUCUCCGAGAGUAAGGCCCUCGAUGGGCUACUGAUUGACUUUGGAACCCAGACCUAUGAUUUCGGCUUGGACGCCUUCACCAAAAAGACUGUUUUGGCAGAUCUUUUGCCGGAGAAGAAUCUGGGAAUUCACCUGGAUUUGGAAUCGGAAAGUGUAAGCAGAAGGCACAACAAGAGCAACUCUUCCUUCACCUUCUCGUGUAACCUGUUCUUCCGCCGGGAUGAAUUCCCCCAGCACUUUAGGAAUGCUCACUCGGAUAUCCAGUCCUGCCUGAAUGGAUGGUUCCAGCAGAGGUGCCCCCUUUCAUACCUCGGUUGCACCUUUGUGCAGAAUAAGCUCAGCCCCAAGGGGAAGAAGUCACACAUUAUCUACAGCAAGCAGCUCAAAACAUUUGCACUGAAGCCGGAGGUUCCCCAUACUUUAUAUGAAGGAGUACGGCCCAACCUUUCCCUGAGUCAAAGGGGCAAAAGCAAGGACUCCCUGAGCAGCCUCCCCCUGGAGGUCUUGCAGCACAUUGCAGCUUUCCUGGACAGUUUCAGCCUGUGUCAGUUCUCUCAGGUGUCUUCUCUGAUGAGAGACGUCUGUGCCUCGUUGCUACAGGAGAGGGGAAUGGUCCAUCUGUUCUGGGAGAAGAAGACUUAUUCCCAUGGUGGGACGUCAUGGAGAUGUCGGAGAAAGGUCUGGAACUUCAGCAGUCUCUUCUCCUCGGUCCACCAAUGGGAAUUUGAUGAUGUCCCUUCAAUGGCUGAACAUCUCAAGGUUUGUCCCUUCAACUGCCCAGAGCUCAGAACCAAUCCGGUUAAGCUUCCCAGUCUCAAUGAACAGAAGGAGGCAGCCACGGAGUCUCUGUUAAACUUCCAGAAGAAGUUGUAGGAGCCCAAGGAACAUGUUCCCUCACUGAUAGUAGGGCAGAUACAGCAAGUAACACCCUGGAGAGCCCCAUAAAAGAUGACAGAUCUCCUGGUGAGAUUCCCUCUAGAGACCAUGUGGGGGCGCCAGUUAGUGAUGAACCAGACUAUGACUAGAAUGGCUUCUCGGUCUGAUCACUGACUCUGGGCAUAAGGAACAGCCCUGGGUACCAAACACCAACCAGUUGGAAGGGUGGAAGUAUUACCUGGCCCGUUGGUGGCCCUUGCGUUCCAUUCCUCAGUGGCUACUCUUGCCCUUGUCCCUAGUGCAGCGCUAUGUAUGUACCCAUAUGCCGGUACCCUAGGGAGUAAGUACUAUGCAUUAAAGGGCAAUGAAUCACAAAGGGUAACAUACAGCCGGCACAUUAUUAGCUGAAAUAGGCUGUGUAUAUAUAUAUAUAUAACAGCAAGAUGCCUGGCACAGUGCUGGGAAUAAGCAUUCUCAUUGGUCACUUCUCUCGCAUCUUUAAUUAGGUUUUCAGUCAGUUAAAUCCUUAUUGGUGAAUUGGUUUCCAUGUGUAAUUAUGUUUUUCAUCAAAUUCUAUAGAGAACUAGGGGGUGCAGGGGGGCAGCUUUACGGUUGGGUUUAGUUUCCCUUUAAUAUACAAGGUACAAACUUAUGUAAUCACUCUCUUCUUAGUAAUGGUAGGUCAGCUCUUGGGGCUAAUGUCAUGCAAUGUAGCAGUAAGCAGAACUCUAACUCACCCCAGCUAUGAACCUCUCCUUAUUAUGAACAUUGGUGCAUUUCAGGGGGUAUAUGGGCACUUAUAUGGGCACUUAUAUGGGCACUUAUAUGGGCACUUAUAUGGGAGGUUAUGGGCAGGUGGAACAGGGGAGCCCGGCGCGUAUCCCACCCAGACAGGGGGCAGCCCCACGAGCACAAAUUUCACCAUCACUUUAAAUGGGAUUUUCUUGGAGCCCUUUAGCAUUAGUUCCCAGAAUUCCUUGUAUUUAUUUGCAUAUGUAUUUAUCUAUGGCAUCAGCACUUUGUUAUCCCUUCCAACAAACACUGAAUAUGGGGCAGGGGAAAGUGUUGGAAGGGUUAUAUGACUGUAAACAUCUCUGUUUGUGAAUAAACAACCUUUAUUUUAGUCACA